CAGCGCUGCCCGCCCGGGCAGCCCAUCCAUCCAUCCAUCCUGCCGCCCAUCCCGCUCCCCGCCCGGCAGCACCGGCCGCGGGGCUGGCGGAGAGGGGCACCCCCGAGCAGCCGGGCCUGGGGGGCCGCUGCUGGCCACUGCGGGGCCGCUGCUAGCCACUGCGGGGCUUCUGCUAGCCACUGCGGGGCUGGGGCCGGAGCGCCCCCCGCCCGCCCUGCCCACCCAGCCCCGCGGAGGGAUGGGGAGGAGACCCGGGCCGGGCACCCGCGGGGGCAGCGCCCAGCCCGGCUCCCGCCGCUGAGCACCGGAGCCGCGCCGAACCGAGCCGAACCGAGCCGGCCCCCGCCCGGCCGGGCCCCCCGGGCAUCGCCCCUUUGUCUGCGGAGGAGGCGAGGCGGGGGCGCUGCGGGAGCGGAGCCGCCGCCCCGCACCCUGCCAGAGCAGCAGGAUGGCGGAGAAGGGCAUGGAUCCCGCGUGCGUCUCCAUCGCCCUGGAGGACACGGUGUGCCACGCCAGCCCUCCGGACGCCCCGCUGCUCACCACCCACUUAAAGAAGGUGGAGAACCACAUCACAGAGGCCCAGAGGUUCUCCCACCUCCCGAAGCGCUCGGCUGUCAACAUCGAGUUCAUCGACCUGUCCUACUCCGUGCGGGAGGGAUCCUGGUGGAGGAAGAGAGGGUACAAGACUCUCCUCAAAUGCCUGUCAGGGAAGUUCUGCCAGCGGGAGCUCAUUGGGAUCAUGGGCCCCUCGGGAGCCGGGAAAUCCACGCUGAUGAACAUCCUGGCUGGCUACAGGGAGACUGGGAUGAAGGGGCAGAUCCUGGUGAACGGGCGGCCGCGGGACCUGCGCACCUUCCGCAAGAUGUCCUGCUACAUCAUGCAGGAUGACAUGCUGCUGCCACACCUCACCGUGCUCGAGGCCAUGAUGGUGUCUGCUAACCUGAAGCUGAAUGAGAAGCAGGAGGUGAAGAAGGAGCUGGUGAACGAGAUCCUGACGGCCCUGGGGCUGCUGGAGUGCUCGUACACCCGCACCAGCUCCCUGUCGGGGGGCCAGCGCAAGCGCCUGGCCAUCGCCCUGGAGCUGGUCAACAACCCGCCCGUCAUGUUCUUCGAUGAGCCCACCAGCGGCCUGGACAGUGCCUCCUGCUUCCAGGUGGUGUCCCUGAUGCGGUCCCUGGCUCAGGGUGGGCGCACCAUCAUCUGCACCAUCCACCAGCCCAGCGCCAAGCUCUUCGAGAUGUUCGACAAGCUCUACAUCCUGAGCCAGGGCCAGUGCAUCUUCAAGGGUGUCGUGACCAACCUCAUCCCCUACCUGAAGGGUCUUGGCCUCCACUGCCCCACAUACCACAACCCCGCUGACUUCAUCAUCGAGGUGGCCUCAGGAGAGUAUGGGGACCUCAACCCCGUCCUGUUCCGUGCUGUCCAGAACGGGAUGUGCACCAUGGCUGAGAAGAAGAGCAGCCCUGACAAGGCAGAUUCAUCGUGCCCAACCUGUGGGACGGAUGUGGAUCACAUUGAGAGCCACACAUUUGCCACCAGCACCUCAACUCAGUUCUGCAUCCUCUUCAAGAGAACCUUCAUCUGCAUCCUAAGGGACACGGUGCUGACCCACCUGCGCUUCAUGUCCCACAUCUGCAUCGGGGUGCUCAUCGGGCUGCUCUACCUGCACAUCGGCAACGACGCGGGCAAGGUCUUCAACAACACCGGCUUCCUCUUCUUCUCCAUGCUCUUCCUCAUGUUCGCCGCCCUCAUGCCCACCAUCCUCACCUUCCCCCAGGAGAUGACCGUAUUCCUGAGGGAGCACCUGAACUACUGGUACAGCCUCAAAGCCUAUUACCUGGCAAAGACCAUGGCAGAUGUGCCCUUCCAGGUGAUCUGCCCCAUCGCCUACUGCAGCAUCGUGUACUGGAUGACGGGCCAGCCCCCCGAGGCCACGCGCUUCCUGCUCUUCUCCGCCCUGGCCACCGCCACGGCCCUGGUGGCCCAGUCCCUCGGGCUUCUCAUUGGAGCUGCUUCCACUUCCCUGCAGGUGGCCACCUUUGUGGGACCCGUCACUGCCAUCCCCGUGCUGCUCUUCUCGGGCUUCUUCGUCAGCUUCAAGACCAUCCCCACCUACCUGCAGUGGAGCUCCUACGUCUCCUAUGUCAGGUAUGGCUUCGAGGGGGUCAUCCUCACCAUCUACGCCAUGGAGCGCGAGGACCUGGAGUGCCUCGAGGACUUCUGCCCUUUCCAAAAGCCCAUCAAGAUCCUGCAGGAGCUGGAUGUGGAGGAGGCCAAGCUCUACCUGGACUUCCUCAUCCUGGGCAUCUUUUUCGUCAUCCUGCGGCUCCUGGCUUACCUGGUCCUCAGGUACAAGGUCAAAUCUGAGAGAUAAAGGGGCCGUGGGGUCCCAGUGCCACUCCCGGGCCUGGCCUGCUGUGAGAGAUGUUCUGCAGACGGACACGGUGCUCCUGCAGGUCCCGGACCGUGGCGGAGGCUUUGGGAAGUGCCAGCCAGGCCUGGCUCAGUCGAGAAGGGUUUUGAGACAUCUCGGAACUGUUUUAACCUUUCCACACACUCUUCAUUGCAAAACGUUUUGUACAGCCCGGGCAUGUGCCGCCCUCCCCCCCAGGACUGAUGGCCCCGCGGAGCUUGGGUCCCCUCUUGUCAUCCCUGCCUGGCGCUGCCCUGGGGACACCAGGGACAGUCCUGCGGAGGUGAUUUCUGCCGAGCACGGCUGGGAGGAGCCUGCUCCGUGCAGGGGGAGCAGCGGGCUGGGGCUGGGCUGGGAGGAGGGAGCUGCAGAGUUGGAAGAGCAGCUCGUGGCCCCGUUCCUCGUCCCGGCCAGCAGCGCGUGAGUCAGAGCUGAGAAGAGCCCAAAGAUGCCAUAGGUGAAGUUGCACAAGGCUUUAGUGUUUCCUGUCGCCGUAGCCACAGAGAUUGCUGCAUCCCCCUUUCCUUUCUGUGCAAAUCCUCCUCCUUUUUUUCCCCUUUUUUCUUUUUUCCUUCCCCCCCCCCCCCCCCCCCCCCCCCCCCAAACCCUACUGCAUCCCAGUCUUCAUGGAGGGGAAAGGGAGCCAGCGGGCAGAGAUGGACUUGGGGCUCUGUCUCAGACUCCUGCUGGGAUGCCAUCCUCAGAGACAGGGUCUUCAAACCAGGGUCUGCGGGAACAGGACAGUGUUCACAGACCUUAGGGAGUCUCACGCUCAGUCCCUGUUGUCUUUGGGGUCGGAGAAAGAGGGUCUGAACCAAACCAACCAACGUGGAGGGAAGUGACUGGUCCCUUCAAGUGCUUGCAUGGAGCAAGGAGGAUUUAGGUUCCCACACCCUGCCAGUUCCAGGAGGCUGAAAAACAGGGCUGGGCUCGGCUGUGUCAUCACAGGAGCCUCUGCUGCAGGAGGAGAGCUGGCCCUGAGCCCUUCCCACAACCUCCCUUCCCCCGGCACCACUGGGGCUGUCUCAACAGGACAGGGAGGACGCGCCUCGCUCAGCACCGACUGUGCAAGGAGGGGAUGCCAGGGACACCCGGCCUGUCACAGUGCCAACCUCCCAGGGUGACACUGUGCAGAAGGGGGUCCCAGCAGUGCUGAACUGGAAACCAGGUGAGAUCCCAGCGUGGUUUGUUUGCAGCGGGCAAUCCGGACACUGGGAAGGCCUUUGCACUUUGUGACUGGUACCGCUAAAAGAUCCCUUUUGGCACACGGCUCUGGUGGCUCCUCCAAAGUCGCACACCUUGCGGAGGAAAGGCAGUUCGGCACCUUGCUGGCUCUCCAGAGGAACUGAGCUGAGCCCAGGGCUGGUGGGGCACCUGCACAAGCUGCUGUGCUGGGAACACAGCACCCUGCUCACCUGCACAGCACAGGCUCCGUGGGUGCGCUGGCACUGCUGGCACCGGGCUGCACUUGUCACCCACAGGUUUUUGGUGAGCACAGACGUGGGGGAGGCAGCCCUGCGCCACCCUGGCAGGCUGGCCCUGGUUCAGGUCAGCCUGAGGGGUGCUGCUCCUGGCACUCUGAGCAGCCAGGGACUGCAGGGCAAAUGCCAGAUUCCAGCAGAGUCCUGGAGACUGAUCUUUGGUUUUGCUGGCUCCGGUUGGGGCUGCACAGCAGAGUCUGGCUGGCCUGACACUGAUGCUGGGCACUCAGCAAAGCCGAGUUUCCCCUGCCUGGAGGGCAUCGAGGAAUGUUUGGCCAUGGGGCUCUCCUGCACAGAGGGUCUGGAAGCAGGACACACCCUGCUGCCCUUUCUGUGCAGAGCAUUGGGCUUUUCCCCAGGGACUAUUGUCUGACUUUGCACCAUCCCUGACAAAAUUCCCCUCUGCUCCUGGAUCUUCCUUCAGUGCCGUGCUCUGCAGUGGAGCUGUGGCAGCUGGAGGGCUGCAGGGUCCUGGGCACAGUGCUGCCAACCACAGCCACAGGGGCACGGAGGAGUGGGGGACAGUCCCUGUGUCUGCUCUGUCACGAGGUGCAUGGAUGGGCAGGGAGCCGGGGGAUGGUGGGGCUGUCACCCUUCUCCAUCUCCUUGUCCCUGGAGCUGAUGGGACUGAUGUCCUGCUUCUGUUCUGCUCUUGGGCUGGCACUAGUUAAGCCUGGCCCAGCACAGAGCAUGCUCUGCUGGGCUGAGGCUCUUCCCUGGAUGGAUCCCGAGGUGCAGGAGGUGUCAGCGGGGCAGCUUUGCACAGCUCCUGCGUCCUCCCUGGCAUUUGGGGCUCUCGUGGUGGGUCCUGCCUUCUGCACCCUGGAGGCACGGCCGUCCCCAGCGCUGUGUUCUGCACCCAGCACACCUGGACACCCCUGUGCCAUCACAGCCAGGGCCACCACCACUGCCAGGAGGACCAGGACAAGACAGACUAGUGUGUGGAGCAAAGGCUGCUACCAGCAGGCACCAGUGACUGCCACUGCCCGUGUCCCCCAUGCACAGGGAAGGCUUUGUUGACCAGGGCUCCCACUGCUGGGCCCAGCCUGUCUGGGAUGGGGCAGCUGGCAGCACCCCUGGGAUGUCCAGGAGGGCUCAGCACAGCCUGUGCCUCCUGCACCGGUGCAUUGCAGUGUCCCAGCUGACCAGGUACGUGGCCACUGCGGGGCAGAGGGCCAGGACAAGCCCUGGAGCUGCAGGAUGGCUGUCCUCGAUCUGGGCAAGGGCUCUGGGGGGUGGGGGUGAUGGGGCAGGCCCCUCGUCCCCGGAGCAGCAGGACACAGGUGAAUGUGUUGGUACAGAGGGGCUGCGAUGAGUGAGGGAUGUGGCACAGGGCAAAGGCACCUUCGGUACUGCCUGAGGAAGUGAGCUGAGGUGCCACUGUCCUUUCCCUCUCCUCAAGGACAGUCCCUGAGGUGGUGGAAGGUGCAGGGAAAUGCAAAAGGAAGAAGCGAGUUUGCACUGAGCCCCCAGGCCGGCGUGGCUGGGCUGGGCUGGGCUGGGCUGGGCUGGGCUGGGCUGGGCUGGGCUGAGCAGCUGGGGGUUAUUGUCCCUCUGCUGCCGGGAUGGUCCCUGCCCUGCAGGAGCAGGUUGUCUCUGCCCUGGCAUGGCAGAGGGAUAGGGUGCAGCUGUCCUGCUCCCGGGGCCCCUUAGGGAAGCAGCAAGGAUGCACUUUAUCAGGGCAGGGAAGCAGAGCACCCAGGGUGCUUCUGGCUGCAGGAAUCCCACGAGAGAACGCAGCUGGAUAAUCACUAGGAGCGUGAUGGAGGAGAGCAGGCUUCUUCCCCCACACCUCCUCUCCUCUCCUGUCCCUGCCUUCCCUUGUGAUGCACUUUGCGUGGAUGAGGGUGGGGUUCAAGCUGUGGCCCUGGCUCCCUGGGAACACCGGUCAAGCCUCAACCCACCACAAACUGCUUCAGCCCCUUCGGCCCACGGCUGUAUCAGGUUCUGCCUCUCACCGGUGCUGGGAUGGCAGGCAGGCAGGCAGGGGUAUGGCCACUCACCUCCAUGCAUGUCCAGGCCACCUUUGUCACACGCAAAAGAAGAGCAAAUGCUUCAUCACCUGGCUGGGGGUUGCUGGAGGGGAGACUGGGCUAGAACAGGGAGGGGAUGGGGCUUCUCCCAGGGUUUUACCCCUCCCCCAAAUCAGGCAAUAAAACAGUGUUUCCUUCUCACUGUGUGGACACCAUUUGUCCUGUCCCUCUGCCACGGGCAGCCUGGGAUCUCUGUGUGUGUCCCUGCCACGCUGGACCCUGAGCUUUUCCAGCCUUCACCAUGUCCACAGGUGCAGAGGAGGCUGGACAGUGCGGGGUACGUGUGAUCCCGGGGGCAACCAUGCAGAGAAGUGCAGCCAUUGAAACUCACAUUUCCACAAGACACAGGCGUGAGCUGCUUUCUCCCUGGGACAGCUUGCCAAAAUAAAUGCAGGUAACAGCUCAAAGGCCGGGGGAGUCUGCUGGCACAGCUCUGUUGUGGCAGCUGGUCAGGUGGCAUUUGCCCAGGUCCUUCUGCCUUGCUGGGAGGGGGCUGCGAAGUGGGACCAGGGCACUGCUGCCCACAGCUGCAGCCUGGCAGGAACCAGGCAGGGUGGAGGUGAGGCCCUGGGCUCUCCAGGCUGGGCUGCACACGCAGGUAAGUGCCCCGCAGGGACGGGGUGCCAGGUCCCAGCUUGCUGCUGGCACUCACCAGUGCCCAGAGGGUCCCGGGAGCUGUAGGGCAGGAGGAGAUGUUGCGGUUUGUGUCGGUGUUUCCGAGAUGCCAGCUGUACUUGUUGGAUUUCACACAUCAAUAAAACUUAUAUUUAUAGUGUA